AUAGAUCCAUACAUGAUACGAAGUACGGAGUAUAAUCCAACAUUCCUCGAUGCAAUUAAAAAAAAUACGCAAUAAUACGCAAGGUACAACAUUUAAAGCAACAUACCUUUUCUGUUUUUCCCUACCAAACAGAAAUUACCGGGGGAAGCAGAUAUCCUUACUGUGACCUCAUACUCACCGGCGACUCCGAACCUCGAAAGCGGGAACCGGCCAUAUCAAAUUAUUGGGAACAUACCAUGAAAACUGUGAAGGGUCAUCAUGAAGAGGAAGAGGAGGAUGAGUUAGGGUCGAAGAAAAUAGCUUCGAAUUCCCAUAGUAGUACACCCAGGGAUGGAAAGAAUAAUGACAAGGCCAAUGUAAUAAGGUCUAAACAUUCCGUAACGGAGCAGCGUAGGAGGAGUAAGAUCAAUGAGAGAUUUCAGAUAUUAAGAGACCUGAUACCUAACACCGAUCAAAAGCGAGACACUGCAUCGUUUCUGUUUGAGGUGAUUCAGUAUGUACAGUAUUUACAGGAGAAGGUACAAAAGUAUGAAGGAUCAUAUCAAGCGUGGAGUUCUGAGCCAACAAAACUAAUGCCUUGGAGAAACAGUCAUUGGCGAUUGCAGAGUUUUUCUGAAUCCCCUCCACAAGCUGUAAAGAAUGGUCCGGCAUAUGCUGAGAGGUUUGAAGAGAAUGCUAUGGCAGCCCCUUCAACAGCUUUGCAACCAACAAUUCAGCAGAAUCGAGUUGAAUCGUCUUCUGCCACCUUCAAUGGUGUACAACAUAAUGAGCUUGCUACUAAGCAUCUGCUGGCAAGUCUGCCAGCUUCUGAUGCCCAAUCAACUGAAUGCCUCCCCAACAGAAUGGAAGAUGCUCUUAGUCAACAGGCGGAGCUGCCAGCUAUAGAGGGUGGAACAAUAAACUUUUCAGGUGUUUACUCCCAAGGACUACUAAAUUCUUUAGGACAAGCGUUGCAAAGCACUGGUGUAGACCUAUCGCAUGCCACCAUCUCUGUACAGAUAGAUCUUGGAAAACGUGCAAAUAGGGGAUUAAGUACAGCAGUAGUGGGUGCCAGGGAUAUUAACAAUAAGAAACCUGCUGCACCAUCUUCAAGUCAAGUAGUGGGUUAUUUUCGUGAACCGAACACCGAUGGAGAUAUGGAUCAAGCUCAGAAAAGGCUGAGGAUUUAGUCAUGGCAGGUUGCUAAUGUUGAUCCAGCAACAAAUCCCCCAAAUUUAGUUCAUGCGUAGAGAAGAAACAUGAAGGCAAGUAACUAUACUGACAUGAUGUGCUAGGACUUAGGAGGACGAAAUGCAAUUCGCUGACAACUAAAGAUAUUUAAAAUAACAAACAGUUAUCAUGCAAGUUGAUACAGAAAAAGGAGAGAAGCCUUCUAUGGGUAGUGAUUAUCCCAAUUCCAAAGGUAAUUUCUUGGAUUCGUUUGUAAAUAUAUAUGGUGCAAGAAAUUUGUAUCAUCAGGGAAAAUGCAUAUUUCAUUUUCCGAAGUGAGGAAAACUCAAUGUUUGAAGUGAAUGUUAUUGAAGUAGUACAUGUCAUUAAUUCAUGUUUGUUUGGUUUAAUUUAGUCAUUUUUGCAAGAUUUUACAUGUAUAAUUGGAGAUAUGCAUAUCGUGUACUGAAUUUGGCAUUUUUGCAGCAACGCAGAAAAUAUAAUUCCUAUUUUGGUGUUUUGUGG